UUUCAAAUCAACAUCAUGCCCGACUUUGAAAAGAAUCAACAAGACGAACCUGAAGAAAGAGACAGGGUCCAUCGAGUAAAGUAAACGAGGGCUUGAGGAGUUUGCAGUUCAGUUACCUUGCCCUGCUAUCUUUACUCUGAACUGGAAAUCCAGGAUCUUGCGCCGUCAAACGUGCUAUCAGUGGUGUGCUUUGUGCAGUGUGUAGACCCUGGACCUUUUGUAGUUUCGUUUGAAUUUGAUCUCUGGUUUGGAGGACUAGACUGGGUUUCAGCCGUGAACUAUGGCUCAUUGGUUCCAUCGGAAUCCGCUGAAGGCCACCCUUCCCCAGACCUUCGAUGCAUUGCGUACAGCUGCCAGGAGCGGGGAUGCAAACAAGCUCCUCACGGAUCUGAAGCUGGCACGUGAGAAGUUCCUGAAUUUGCUGAGAGUUCCGGAGAAGAAGGUUGAAGAUGUAUUGGAAGCAGCUGACGCCUACUUUGGCCUACUGCAAGGUCUCCUGGUUGCUGUAGCGGGUGGAAAGGCGGAGGAGCCAGCACCGAAGCCCGAGCAACCAGCCGAGGGCGACGCAGAAGCUGCGGCCGAAUCCGCACCAGUACCGGCCGGCGAGAGCAAGCUCCGUAAACUUUUGCUCUUCAAAUGGACUGAUACGUUGCAUGGGAAAGAGGCAAGCUCAAGCAAGGAUGCUCAGUUUGAAUACGUGUGCAUGCUCUUCAACUUGGCCCUGUGGUACACAAAGCACUCAGCAAAGCUUGCCGGCACAGAGUCUGUGACGCUGAAGGUGGACGAAGCAAAGGAGGUGUUUGGCACAUUGCGGACUGCGGCUGGCAUUUUCCAACACAUCGAGCAAAAUGAGGUUCACAAGCUAGCCCAGCCUGCCGCCAAGACCACGGACUUUGACGAACGCCUCUUGCAAGCGUAUUCCAUGCAGUGCCUGGCCGAGGCUCAGGAAGUGACGCUGGCACGAGCCAUGGAACUAAAGCACAAGAACAGUCUGGUGUCCAGCCUGUCUGCAGAGACAUCCAAAAUGUUCAUUGUGGCCGCGGACACACUGAACUCUGUGGACCAGGUCUUAGUGGCCAAGUGGCAAAAGUACCUGACUCUGAAGAGCGUCAUCUACAAAGCAUAUGCAUACUCUUACCUUGGCUUGUCUGUCCUGGAAGGGGACAAAUGUGGAGAAGCUAUAGCGUGCUUGAGAGAGAGCAAGUCCUUGGCCAUGAAAGCAGCGCAGAUGUGCAAGGAGUAUGCGAAGACGACUGGUCCGGGAACAUCAGCCAAACCACUGGAGCAUCCUUUCUUCCAGCGCCUGCAGCCCAAUGUCCAGACUGUGUUGGACAAGUGUGAACGAGAGAACGGCUUUAUCUAUUUCCAGAAGGUGCCCGAAGAAGUUCCGCAGCUGGAUUACAAUGCUACACAUGGCCUGGUCAAGCCGGAUCAGUACACUCCCACCAGCAUGAGUGCACAGUGGACCGCCAAGGUCUACGACUCGUUUGACGCUCACAAGUUUCCUGACGCGCGUGUGCUGGAGGCAGCAGAGAAAGAUAAGGCUAAGGGUGGCGCCGAAAAGAAAGAGGAGAUCCCGUCGGUUCCCGAGCCCAACGUCAGUACGGAGACAGGAUACGCAAAGUCGCAAUCUGGGUGCGUCAUAUCAUAACCCGUUUGUACCGCAAUACAAUCAUGCCACGCUCACGAACACACCUCACCUCACCUGUACAUACCGUAUUUCCCCCAGUAUAAGCCGCAACCCAUUGUCAGAUCUGAGCCAAAUUGUUUCAAUACAUUCACACAAAAUUGGAAGUCACACUCAAUUGUAAGUCGCACCCCCUGCUUUGCCCUUGAAGUUUAGUGUAAAAAGGUGCGACUUACAUUCGGGGAAAUACGGUACUUUUGACCCGAUGAUAACUAGUUGCAGGCAUUCUUAGCACAUCAUCUUCUUUCGCCGCAGACAUGACUCUGGCAUGGACUUGUUGCACACGCAUGUUACACACACACUUGGUUGAUUUUUGGCUAUUUUUUCACGCACAUACGUUUUGAAUGCUACGACAUUUACUAGGCACAUGACAUCUCGUUCUACUACGAGUUAUAAUAAUGCUACAUCACGAUCAAAAAUGCUCUGUUCAGUGCAAUACAUACCAAACAGUACCAAAGACAAACGCUAACUACCAUGCUGGCAGAGUAGUUAGAAGAAUACAAUCAGCCUGGCUCUGCUUUUUUUCCUCUUAUUCUAUGUAUGUGUACAUGAUGGAUGAUGGAUGAUUUUCAUAAACAAUGAUAUGCAUGGUUUUUGCAUGGAUUUCAUGUGGCUGCGCUUCACGCUGUUGAAAUAUAAAACAUUUUCUCUCGGUCGAAA